AUGGACUUUUUUUAUCGCCGUAGUCCUGACGUGAAGUUGUGUGUGUGGGGGAUUGCUGUUGUUGGGAAAUCAGCUAUCGUCAGAGAGAGUUUCCACGGCAAAGUGAUAACAGGCGGACACUACAUAAUGCACAGCUGGGUGGAUGUACCCCAUCCUUUCGAUUUGACGGACUUAUGCCGGAGAUUGCUUUUGAAUUUUUAUCCGGAUAAUCUUGAGGCAAAGGAAACUGCAUUAAUUAGUAUGAUGGAAGGAAAAGACCCAAUUCAAGGGUGCUGUAAAAUCCUCCGUCAAAACAAUUGUCUCGUUGUUAUUGAUGGUCUGCAGUCGAAGCAUGACUGGGACUUGAUAAAAAAAGCUUUGUUUUCCCAGCCUGUUAGAGGAAGAACCGUUGUCAUUACACGUGAAGAAAGCAUCGCCACAUAUUGUACUAAUAAAAAGGAUGAAAUUCUCAAUGUCAAAGGUCUAAAAGAUGAUUUGGCCCUUAAUCUCUUCAAGAAGAUUAAUCUCAAAGCCGAGAAACUGUCUCAAUCUUUCCCUGAGGUAGUAGAACCAAUUUUAAAGCAUAUCAUGUCCAAGUGUGGUGGGCUUCCAGAAGUAAUAGUUGCUGCAGGAAAAAUUGCCAUCCCAUACUCAGAGAGAAUUAGUUCCUUGGAGCUUUUCAAUGCUGAAUUGAUGGAAAUAUUGGAGAACUCGUUAAGCUUUCCUAGAUUAAAGGGUAUCUUUUGUUGGAUGCAAUCCUAUUUUGAUGCCUGCUCAGAUGAACUCAAGCCAUGUAUCUUCUAUAUGUCAGUAUUCCCUAUGGACCAAAGCAUUAGGCAAAGGCGUUUGCUCAGGCGGUGGAUUGCAGAGGGUUACUCCUCUGGUGGUGGUGGUGGUGCUGCAGAGGAGAAGGGAGAAAAGCUCUUCUCCGAACUCAUGAAAUUGAGCAUAUUAUAUCUGGAUCAGCGGACAUCAUCAACGACAAAAAGCUGGAUGGUCAAUGGCUUCUUCCGUGAAUACAUCAAGUCACGGCCAAUGGAAGAUAAUCUUGUGUUUGCACUAGAGGGGGGUUGCAGCCCCAGCUCGCGACUCACGGGACAACACCUCACCAUAAGCAGCUGUUGGGACAGGGAUGAGAUUGUGUUCAAUAGCAUGGACUUGUCACGGCUACGGUCUUUGACAGUGUUUGGGAAGUGGGUGCCAUUCCUCGUCUCGGACAAGAUGAAGGUGCUUCGGGUGCUUGAUCUAGAGGGUACUAGUAGGACAUCAGAUGGUACUGCUAGUGUAACAGAUGAUGUUCUGGAGAAGAUCGUGAAGCAGUUUCGUCGCCUCAAGUUCAUGUCCCUGCGUGGAUGCAUGGAAGUCACUCGUCUCCCUGAUUCAUUGGGUGCCAUGACUCAGCUGGAGACUUUGGAUGCCAGGCACACCUCCAUAGUCGAUCUGCCACCUGCUAUCAUCACCAAGCUACACAAGCUUCAGUACAUUCGUGGGAAAGGCAGUCUCCUACUCCUCAAGGAGCUCGAGAAUCUUACCCAGCUGCGCAAGCUCGGGUUGACCGGCAUCAACAGUAAAAACUGGAAGGAGUUGUGCGAUGCCAUCUCCGGUCACCUCCCUCAUCUCGAGUCCUUGUCACUGCAACUGCUGGUGCUGCAGGAGAAUGCCGGCAGCUAUGAGUUUGCUUGUUUUGACCGCAUCUCCGUGCUGCCCAAGACCCUGAAGCGCCUUAAGGUACUGUACACUAGUAGUCGUAACAGUGUUGCAUGCAUAAGGCAAACAUGGACCAGGCUUCCCGAUCCCGUAUGUUUCCAACAUGAGUGGAGGGUAUCAACUGGAGAGGACAUAGGCAUGUUAUUUAGCCGGGAUAUGUUACGAAGCUCUGACCGCCCUCAUGUCCAGCCGGUAGAGGAGCUUCUCACAUUUGGUCAUGUGCCUACACCUGAUGGUUCUGAGUGGAGACCUGUCGAGCACCUCAGGUUUGACUGCCACGGCAUCCGCUCAAGGGUAACUUUUGGACGGGCAACUUUUUUCUCGGUUGAGACGCUCAACAUUAACUGCUGCAGAUCUUGUGGUGGAUCGUCGUGCUUGUGGAUUGACGGGCUAAGGUACCUACAUGGACUCAAGGAAGUCUGUAACGGGAGAGUACAGCAGCAGCUUCGCGCAAGACUUGCGCAGGCAACUUGA